UGAAAAAUUACACUCAACCCUAUGAUGUUUGAUACGAUUCAGAAGUCGUGUGUGUGAUGAUCGAUCAUUUCCGUUAGCAGUUUCGAUGGAUGGACGUGUUGUGUUGUUGAUGACCUGUUUGUAUAUAGGAGGCGUCGUCUGCACGCGACGGCCGAGUGCCGUGCGAAUAGACAAUAACGGAUACAAGAAUAUUUUGGUAGCCGUACAUCCGGACGUCCCUGAAGACCACAGUCUAGUCGAUGCUAUUCAGCGGAUGAUAAUGGAUGCGUCAUCUUUCCUGCACCAAGCCACAGAACGACGCGCAUAUUUCAGUGACGUCACCAUCCUAGUCCCCGGGCACUGGACCAAUGACAGCUGGGGACGGGCCAGCGCUGAGCUGUACACCAACGCUGACGUGGUGGUGGAGAAGUCUGAUGGCAACACAAGUUUUGAUGACGUACUACCCACUUCUGGAGCUUACACUAAAGCAUUUGGUGGUUGCGGGGUGGCUGGUGAUCGGAUCGUGUUGUUUACGGAUAUAUUUGGUCCAGCAGCUCAGGACGUUUAUGGAGAAUUAGGUCGAUUGUUUGUCCACGAAUGGGCGCACUUCCGGUACGGCGUGUUCGAUGAGUUUGCGCAGCGAGGCGAGCAGCAGUUCUACUUCUCCCCGGCGUCUGGACGACAGGAAGCGGUCAAGUGUAACCGCCAUCUUGCCGGCCAGGUCAUCAGAAGAAUCUCAAACGAGAGUGACGUCAACUGCAGCAGUGUGAACCCCCAGAGUGGGAUGUACGAUGACGGAUGUUUUUUCCAGCCUGUGACGUCAGAUGGGGUCAACGCCAAUGUGACGUCAUCCAUCAUGGACACGAUAAAAAUACCCUCUGUGGUGCACUUUUGCAACGACAACACCACCGACACCAACAGAAUCCACAACUACGAAGCGCCGAGCAGACACAACCGGCUCUGUGGCGGGAAAAGCAGUUGGUCCGUUAUUUCAGAAAAUCAAGAUUUCCGCCACGGUAAGAACCCACCACGAGAUGUCGCUGAUACAAGGCCAACAUUUCGAGUUGUCCGCCUUGGUACAGGGAGACAACUGCUGCUGGCUAUAGACACCUCAAGCAGUAUGAAGAAAGGCAAUAAACUAACCAGGUCAAGGCAAGCAAUCUCAACAUUCAUUGGUGGUCUCGAUCCUGGGGUUCUGUUGGGAGUGAUCUCCUUCGCUUCAUCCGCUGAAGUUUUGGUUCCCCUCACCCGCAUCACUGAUGAUGCGACAAGGGAAACAAUGGUGAAAAUAUUGCCGUCUUCCACCCAAGGGCAGACAAACAUAAGCUCAGCUUUGUCAACAGCUUUGGAGGUGUUGACGAGAAAUGGCAGCAGCGCUUCCGGUACCUUCUUGGUUCUCAUCACAGACGGCAAAGACACGUCACUGGCCAGGCUGGGUCACGUGAUGCCCGCUGUCAGAGACGCGGGGGUGGUGACCAGUUUGAUCUCGUUCUCCAGUAGCCAGGUGCCAGAGCUGGAACUGUUGGCUGAGAGUACAGACAUUUACCUGGAUCAUUUAGCCAUUUACCUGGAUCAUUUAGCCAUUUACCUGGGUCUUUAG